AUGGGUUCUGCUUGUGCCCUCGCCGCGGCAUCGUUCUGCGGGCUCCUGGUGUUCGUGCUGGCCCUGGUGCUGGCGCUUGCGGUGUUGCUCACAACCUGGCGGUCGUUACUGCCUCGCAAGGCCUGGGAAGACCCAUCCAGUCCUCAGACCAACCGGCUGCCCACCCACUCAAGGCUGUGCAACUACCCCACCUUUGAGGAGGCUGCCGCCGCCUCCAGCGGGAGUGGCUCUCCCAACGUCGUGAGCCUCAGUGGGACUUGGAAGUUCCUCCUGGCGAGCGGGGUUUCCGCCUCUCCCGGAGGCUUCGAAGACCCGGGGUUCUCUGACGAGUCGUGGGAUGACAUCGACGUCCCCGGACACUGGCAGCUACAGGACGCCGGAUCGAGAGACCCCCCCAUCUACACCAACACCAACUACCCGUUUCCGAACCAUCCCCCGUACGCCCCGAGGGAAAACCCGACGGGUCUCUACCGCCGGAGCUUUGCCCUCCCGGCGGAAUGGCUGGUUUCGGGCGCGGGGGGCGAGGAGGGGCCGAGCGGACGUUUUUCGCCCGGCGAGGGAUCGGAAAGCGCCCGCCUCAGGGGGCGCGUGGUUCUCGUGUUCCAAGGCGUCGAUUCCGCCUUCCACGUGUGGGUGAACGGCCUCCCCGUGGGCUUCGCCAAGGGCAGCCGGCUGCCCUGCGAGUUCGACGUGACGGAUACUCUGAGAGGGCCCGGCGAGCAGUGCCUGUGCCUGCGGGUGGUGCGCUGGAGCGACGGCAGCUACCUGGAGGACCAGGACCACUGGUGGUUGAGCGGGGUUUACAGGGAGGUGGAGCUGGCGUUACGCCCUGCUCCCGUGAGGAUCUCGGACUUCGUGGUCAGGCCCUUCCUCGGCGAGGGAGCAGACGGCGCUUACACGCGAGGUUCCCUCGAGGUAGAGGUUCUGCUAGAGCACGAUGCCGCCGCGCACACGGCACGCCCUCCCCCGACACCAUCUAACGGCGGCGGCGGGAUGAUUUCGGGGGCAACGGCGGCGGCGGCGGCGGCGGCAGCGGCCGGCCUAGCGGCCGUUACUGCAGACGACCGCGGCGACGGCGGGGGAGACGACGACCACCGCGAACACUGCACCAGCGAGCUCCUCGAGAGCGAAGACGACGGGCGCCGAACGGCGUCUUUCAUCCCCCUCGGAAACCUGGCGGAGGCGGUAGAGGCCGGGGAAGCGGGGUCUCGAGUCGACGCGUUGGCGGCGGCGGAAGGAUGGGAGGUGGAGUGCACUCUGCUGGACACGGCCACGGGGCAGCGGUUGCCUCUGGAGCUCGCGGGAACGCUGCCGGACUGGCAGAUGGGACUUCCUCCGAACGAGCAGCAGAGGCAGCGGCGGGGCGCGAUGGCCCAACACGAGAGCAGCGGCGAAAAGCCCUCCCGGUUCCGGCGGAUGCUGCUGGGGAUGCUGUUCAGCGGGCGGAGAGGCCGCCCGCACGUCGGCAGCAGCAGCAGCGGCGCCUCCUCCUGCUACGCGGCGGGGGGGGGAAGCGCGCCGACCCCGACGCCCCGAACCGCGUGGAACUCCGUCCGCUUGUUCCGGCUGCGGGUGCCGGGAAAGACGAGAGCGUGGUCGGCGGAAGACCCCCACCUGUACACCCUUGUCGUGAGCCUGAAAGGGGGCGGCGGCGGCGGCGGCGGCGGCGGUGGCCUAUGUGCGGGGGGGGGGCACGCGAACGGGACAGAGAGGGCGGAUUGUUCUUCAGCCCCCCCGCCGUCGCGUGUCUUGGAGCAGUUCGAGUCGGCCAGGGUUGGGUUUCGGAGGGUGGUGGUGGCCUCGGGGCAGCUGCUGGUGAACGGGGCGGCGGUGAUGGUGGCCGGGGUGAACCGGCACGAGCACGACCCGGACACGGGGAAGACAGUCUCCGAAGAGUCCAUGCGGCGGGAUAUCGUCCUGAUGAAGAGAUUCAACUUCAACGCCGUUCGAAACUGCCACUACCCGAACCACCGGCGAUGGUACGAGCUCUGCGACGAGCUAGGGCUUUACGUGUGCGACGAAGCGAACAUCGAGAGCCAUGGCCAGAUACCCCUCGGGCGGCUGAGCGCAGACCCUUCGUGGCGACCGGCCUACCUUGACCGGGUCUGGCGUAUGCUUGCCGCCAACAAGAACCACGCUUGCAUCGUGCUGUGGUCCCUGGGUAACGAGUCCGGGGACGGGGAGAACCUAGCGGCUUGCCGGCGACUGGUGAAGAAGGUGGAUCCUUCCCGGCCCGUGGUGUACGAGGGCGGCGGGAAAAGCCUAGCCGAGGGAUGCGGCUGCACGGAGCUCACCGAUGUUGUGUGCCCCAUGUACCCUACGGUGGAGACGACGGAGCUGCUGGGCACGGACGGCCCCGACGGGGUGGGAGAGACACGGCCCUGCGUGCUGUGCGAGUACUCGCACGCGAUGGGGAACAGCAGCGGCAACCUGCACAAGUACUGGGAGCUCUUUCGCAGGCACCGCCGGUUGCAGGGGGGCUUCAUCUGGGACUGGGUGGACCAAGGCUUGACGAGGCGCGACCCGACCACGGGCCGGAGGUACUGGGCCGAUGGCGGGGGCUUCGCGGGCGGGCACAGCAAGGGGUACGACGCGUUCUGCGUGAACGGCGUAACGUUCCCGGACCGUUCUCCGCACCCCGCCCUGUACGAGGCCAAGUUCCUCGCCCAGCCGGUCGGCAUCGAGCUCCUCCGAGACGACGACAACGACCACCACCACCACCCCCUGGGAGAAAAAAAGAGGCAAAAGAAGGAGACUAUUAAGAAGAUCGGUUCGCCCGGAUCCGAACCGAGGGUUCUCUUCACGAACCGCUACGCGUUCUCAUCGCUGGACCACCUGUCCAUAGCGUGGCGGCUGGAGUCGUCGGCAUCAGCCGCGGUGGCGAGCGGCGCUGAUUCUUCCCCCCCUUCCACCGCCGGACGUCUGCCCCUCUCCGGCCUCCUGCCCGGGGAAUCUCGAGAGGUGUCGGUGGGCAUCGACCGCGACGACGUUUAUUUUACGGAGCCCCCUCCGGGAGGAGGAGGAGGAGGAGGAGGAGGAGGAGGAGGCGGCGGGGGUGAUGGGAGAGAGUUCUUCUUGCACGUCGAGGCGAGGCUGGCGGUCGACACCGCCUGGGCGUCGGAAGGGCACCUGGUCGCCUGGGCCUGCUUCCCGUUGGAGGGAGCAUCGCUGCGGCUGCCGCCGCCGCCGCCGCCUCCGGCUGGGGGCCUCGCGGGGGGCUCCGCCGAGGCAGAGGAGGGGGUUGGGGGAGGGGGGGCUUCGCAGACGGUAGUGGUACCCACGCCGUCGCACAGGUUCAUCGCGUACGAGGACGAGGAAGGCUCCGCGCAGAGCAGUAGGGAGGCGUCGCCGCUGGGGCAGCUGCGGCAACACCUCCUCACGGACAUCCCCGCGAUGCCCCCGUCUUCGAGCGUGAUCGUCAUGAAGGGUUUGCUAGACCCAAGAGGCGUGAUCGGCUCGGCCGCGGGAGAGCAGCACCGCUUCUCGCAGGAUUGGACUCUGGUUGUGAGCAAGAUCGAGGGUAACAUCGUGCGUUUCGUGGCCGGCGGCGUGGACCUCAUCGAACCGGGGGCAGGGCCCUCCCUCUGCUUCUGGAGAGCCGCCACCGACAACGACCGGGCUGGGUGGCCUACCCUCCUAAACUUCGUCGUGGAUCACCGCCUGGUGGGGCUUCUGUCCAAGUUUAUGCCGCUGUCGCGCCUCAGCCACUUGGAGCGGUGGAAAGCCAGCGGACUCUGCGCGUCGGACCCUCCCGUGUUCCGCACCCAAGGCGUGCGUGUGGAGAAGUCCACCGCACAAGAGUGUAUCAUCAGGGUCAAGACGAGGUGCGCCUCUCGCUAUGGACAAGUCUCGCUGUUCGAUAUCACCACCGAGAUACGAGUGUCCCCCGGAGGAAGCUUGGAGAUGACCGCCGAGGUCGAGCCCCUCAAGGGGGUGAUGACGCGAGAUUGCUUGAGCCUGGCCAGGGUGGGUGUCCUGCUCCAGCUACCCCCUGGGUUUGGGCGAGUGGAGUGGUUCGGCAAGGGGCCGUUCGAGUGUUACCAGGACCGCAAGCACGGUGCGACGACCGGUGUUUUCUCCGGAACGGUGGAGGAUCAACACGUGCCGUACAUGGUACCCAGCGAGAACGGCGGCAAGGCCGACGUCCGGUGGAUGGCGCUCCGUAAGGGGGAAGGGGGGGCUGGGUUGCUCAUGCAGGCCGAGACAGGCGCCGUGUUUCAGGCCGCGAGCGUGAGCCUGCACAGCGCGGCGGAGCUCCACAAGGCUAAGCGAACGGUCGAUCUUGCCCCGAGGACGUCCAGCGAAGACCCGGUGUUCGUGCACCUCGACCACCGGUCAAUGGGGGUGGGGGGAGACAACUCUUGGUACCCGGACGUGGUUCACCGAGAGUACACGGUGCCGGCGGGCAAAGCGUAUAGCUUUCGAGUGCGGUUGAGGGCCUUAGUUCCCGGUGCUGCAGCACCGCUGGCGGCGUUGGUGCCGGGCGCUAGCAGCUAGCGGCAAGAGACAGUUGAGGGAAUGUGCGGUUUGUCCAUCUUGCGCUUGCGAAGCCGCCUGUGUGGUAAAAAUAAUAAGGCUUGAGUUGAGGUCGGGGGCCUACCCCCCUUCGCUAUUUUUUGUGAACGCGCAUUUUGAAAAACUCGUCCACUGGUGUUCUGGUCGCGAGGCUUCAAGUUUUGAUCGGUGCAGUCUAGUCUAGAUGUCCAGGGGAUUCCAGGUUUUACCGGCGAGGGACGAGUUAUUUGGUGGCUCUAGCGCCAUUCGUUAGUUCAGUACGCAGCAGUUUAGAGGCUGAGAGUAGGUCUAGUCUUCGGCAAUGACGCCAUUCCAGACUAUUCGUGGAGAUUUGUUUGGCAGCCAGGCUCUUCGUUCUACAUCGCUUACGAAGCCUUGGCUGUGAUCGGUUACACAUGCUAGAUAUCAACAGUACUGCGCGUUUCGGCGUUUUCGUAUUUUGGUGAUGGUGAUACCCCGUGAAAUGUUGCAUGUUUUGAGGAUGCUGAGUAGGUUCCGCCGCACAUGUUGUACAGUUAAGUUGAAGUGGUGGAAGCGACAGUUGGUUGGAGGUGGUGCGUACGGAUUCACCUUCAGUGACUUCCUGCGGCUCCUCUGCGCGCGGGUGUUCAACAAUAAAAAAAUCGAAGGCUGACAGCCGUAUGCGCAGGAGGAGCCACGCUAUGUAUGACGGUGCGUCAGAGCUGCCUUCAGAGGAAAAGGACGACCCUGUAAGAUCAAGGAACAUUUUUGUUGCGAGAAGAGUGACAGCGCUGCAAAAGUAGAAACAAAUAAAAACGGAGAUCAUCGAGGG